GGUUCUCAUGAUUUGGAGUUUAGAACUUGAGUAUGUUAAGUAAUAGAAAUUCUUGUAUAUAACUGGGUCCACCUCAAUGGAAAAAGUCAACCAAACCAGCAGUGUCUCUGAGUUCAUUCUCCUGGGACUUUCUUCUCGGCCUGAGGACCAAAAGCCAUUAUUUGUUCUCUUCCUCAUCAUUUACCUGGUCACCAUAGCAGGCAACUUGCUUAUCAUUCUGGUCAUACAGUCUGAUCCUCAUCUUCAAACCCCAAUGUAUUUUUUGUUGAGUUCCCUGUCUUUCACUGACGUUUGCUUCGCAACAACCAUUGUUCCCAAGAUGUUGGUGAACUUCCUGUCAGAAAGCAAGACCAUCUCCUAUGCUGGGUGUCUGACUCAAAUGUACUUUCUGUAUGCUUUGGGCAACAGUGACAGCUGUCUUCUGGCAGUCAUGGCCUUUGACCGCUAUGUGGCCAUCUGUGACCCCUUCCACUAUGUUACCACUAUGAGCCACAGCCGUUGUGUCCUGCUGGUGGCCUUCUCCUGCUCAUUUCCUCACCUUCACUCUCUCCUGCACACACUUUUGCUGAAUCAUCUCACCUUCUGUGACUCCAAUGUUAUCCACCACUUUCUCUGUGACCUCAGUCCUCUAAUGAAAUUGUCCUGCUCCUCCACAUUUGUCAACGAAAUUGUAAUAAUAACAGAAGGAGCUGUUGUUUUGGUGACCCCCUUUCUAUGUAUUGCUUUCUCUUACAUACGAAUUCUCAUCGCAGUUCUUAAGAUUCCCUCUGCUGCUGGAAAAUGCAAAGCCUUCUCUACUUGUGGUUCUCAUGUCACGGUGGUAACACUCUUUUAUGGAAGCAUCUUCUAUGUCUACUUACAGCCAGUGUCCACUUACACUGUUCAGGACCACAUGGCAACAAUUGUCUACACAGUUGUUUCCUCCAUGCUAAAUCCUUUUAUCUACAGCCUGAGAAACAAAGACCUGAAACAGGGCCUGAGGAAGCUCAUGAGAAGGAGAAGAUCCUAGGCAGCAUCAUCUUGACUAACCUACAAGUGGAAUCUCCUCCAC